UUGGACCAGCUUCCGGUGGUGAAAGAGACAAGCUCCAAACAGCUCCAACCACACUGCAAACAAGGAGAGAAACAAAGCAGCCAGAUGCCCAAGAAGAAAGUCGUAGCGCCGCUGAGCCGCUUGUGCCUGGGCAACGUGGCCAGGCACAUGCAGAGCGUGUGGGUGAAGGAUUACAGCGAGAACUACCUCGACGAGUACCAGUUCCGCUACGUCAUGGGGCCCUUCAAUGAGCUGGCCGGCUGCUUAGUCCAGGACCUGCUCCAGUUACUGGGCGAGAGUCGGCGCCUGACGCGGGCCGCACUCCACCUGCUGCUCCUGCCCCACCUGACAGAGCUGAGCCUGCGCUCCUGUCCGGGCCUGGUCAGCAAUGCCAUCACCCAGCUGAUCACGGUGCGGUGCCAGAACUUGUCCUCCCUGGACCUCAAGGGCUGCAGCCGGGUCCCGACGGCCGCGCUGGUGGACCUGCUGGAAGGGCUGCCGCGUCUGAGCAAGCUGGGCCUGGCGGAGACGCAGGCCAACACGCAGGUGCUGGCGGCCGUGGGCUCCUGUUGCCGGCGCCUGCGGGAGCUGGACGUCUCGCACUGCCAGAAGGUGGCGCCGGACUCCCUGCUGCACCUGGCCUACGACCAGACCGAGAGCGCCCUGUGCUGCCCCGCGCUGCGGGUGCUGCUGGCCCAGGGGAUAGAGCCCAAGGCCCACAGCCAGGACUUGGUCAGAGCCCUGGCCUUCGUGCUGCUAGCUCUGCCCAGCCUGGAGUUCCUGGCCAACAGCUACCUCAGGGAGGCGCUGUGUCUCAUUCACACGCAGCAGUUCAGCGGCGCGCAGGGCUUGCCGGGAUUCCCCUCGCUGGAGGAGCUGGCCCGGCGCAGGCAGGGUGCCCGUGCAGCCGGGGGCGACUCCUGGCUCACGCUGCCGCUCCGGCGGGUGGAGGAGGUGGAGGAUCCCUUCCUCCCCACCUUCUGCUCCGUGUGCCCGGAGGUGGCAGAGGCGGCCGUGUCGCUCAGCGACGGCCCUGGCACCAGCUGGGGCAGCCUGGCCUGGAGCCGCCUCACCCAGCUCGCCGUGCACUGCACGGGGCACCGGGGCCGGGGGCUGGCCGAGAUGCUUCCCGUGGCUCAGGGCCUGGGAGCCCAGCUGCAGUCCCUCUCCCUCCACGGCUUCUCCUACGAUGACGAGUUUUCCUUCUGCGCCCUGCUGAACUGCUGCCACAACCUCGCCGCCUUCAGCAGCCACCUGAGCGUCCCCGCGGGGCCCGUGCGGCCGGCCGACGCUGUGCCCAACGGGGAGCCUGCCGCGGAGCCGCAGGACUGGGAGCUGGACCUGCUCCACCACCCCUUCCCCAAGCUCCGGCACUUCAGCUUGGGCCUGGCCAGCUCGUGUGAGCCUCUCCCUUCCCAGCAUGCCACUGUCCUGCGGGCAAGCCUGGCCUCGCUACUCAGCCACUCCCCCCGCCUGGAGACCCUGGCCCUGCUCAGCAUCCCCUUCUCCCUGGACGGCGUGUUCCAGAAGGUGCUGGCUGCCCCCGGCGCUGCCCUCCGCAAUCUGCGAGAGCUGUCGCUGGCCGAGAGCCAGGUGUCCAGCCCGACCCUGCACUGCCUGCUGGCCUUGGACAACGGGCUCAGCUCCCUGAACCUGGCCGGCUGCCCGGCCAUCCACCGGCGGGACUACGACCAGCUGCUCCGCACCGUCCGCAAGGAGAGGCUGGAGCUGGACAUCGCAUGGCAGUGAGGUGUCCUGCCUUGCCUGGGACGCUGCCCCUCUGCCCCGUGCCGCGGGAAGGAGCCCACACCGCACGCAGGCCCCAGAGAGUUGUGUUUAAUAAAGCAGAGUGAACACGGGGGGGGAAGCGCCUGCGAACGAGCUUCUGUCAGCCUCCCUGGGACUGCGCUUUCCUCGGCACAGCCUUGAACAGGGGCAGCGAGGGCCCCAUUGUGGGGGGCCCGGGGGAGACGGCGAGGGGCCCAAUGCCAGGCCUGCCCUGCAUACUGCCGGGACACGGGCUCGGGCUCUGAGGAGGUUGCUGACUGGCUUGGCCCGCCCCCCAUCAGCAGCUGCGCUGUAGAGGCUCCUCCAAGCAGGGCCCCCACUGGAGUGGGGUAGUGUAGACAGGGCCCUGCCCUGCCCAGGCUAGUUCUGAACUGUUCCCCAGAUAACGGGCGGGGCUGCCACAGGCGGCAGGAAGGGUGGAGGAGGAGCUGGCACUCAGCAGCACGGAGACCAGUGGGCCCUUGCAAUAGGGUUGCCAGGUGUCCGGUUUUCGACCAAAACGCCCGGUCGAAAAGGGACCCCGGCGGCUCUGGUCAGCA